UCUAUGAUUAACACUGGACUAGAAACUCAAGCAGGCCAACAUGCACACUUCACACAUCAACAAAUGAUGAGUGUAAAUAAGAACUUUGUCAGUAUUGAUGCCAGCACAAAAUGGUAACACAUUUUAGACAAAUUUAGAUCUUCUCAAACAUGCUUAAGAAUCCAUAAGCCAAAUGUCAUUACAAUAAGGAUUUGGAGUCUAUGUUGCUUUGCGGAUGUGAAAAACAUCUGCUUGUAAAUUCAAUAGCCACUGGAAAUGUACCUAUUCAUACAGUGGUGAAAGCAUGCAAGGAAUGUUUUUUUUUUUUUUUUUUUUUAAGUAAGCUAUUUGUUCAGGUUUAUAUUUGAGUAAACCUAGGGUAAUUUCACCUGUUUUAUAGAGUGAUCUUAGAAUAAUUAAAUGGAAAUAUUUCAAUACAAAAAGAUGCUCUUCCAAGCCAAGUUUGAAGCUCUUAUCAAGCAUCCUCGGACCAAAACAUUUAGUAUGUUGCUAUUCCGACAGGAACCUCUGGUGGCGGUAGUGCUGCUAUCGUGGUAGGCUAUAGGCUACUGCAUUGGUGUACGGUGGAUGGCUAGCGAGUUAAAUGUUCUAUGAAAGACCUACCCUACAGCUAACUACGCCCCACCUAUAUCACUUACUUGAAAAAUAACUGGGAAUAACCUAAAGAAUAACCCACAAACCUAUUUAUACCCCCUAAUCUGGGAGGAAUUUCCACUUUCCAAGACAGACAUGUCUCCAUCAGUGCGUUUGCAGGAGAUGAUCCGAGUGAUCCGCAGCGCCCGGACGCAGGGAGAGGAGCGAGGCGUCAUCCAGAGAGAAUGUGCAGCCAUCCGCGCACAGUUCCGACAGGGCGACAAUGGGAGCCGAUCACAUAACCUGGCCAAACUGCUCUAUGUGCAUAUGCUUGGGUACCCUGCACACUUUGGACAGAUGGAGUGUGUGCGACUCAUUGCCAGCCCCAGGUAUAAUGAAAAGCGCAUUGGUUACUUAGGUGCUAUGAUGCUCCUUGAUGAAAAGCAGGAUGCCAGUCUUCUCAUCACCAACUCCAUAAAGAAUGAUCUGUCCCAUAGCAGUCAGUAUGUCCAGUCUCUGGCAUUGUGCACGUUAGCCUGUAUGGGGUCGGCAGAGAUGUGUCGAGACUUGGCCCCAGAGAUAGAACGCCUCCUCAGAGCCUCCAACUCCUACAUCAAGAAGAAGGCUGCACUUUGUGCAGUGCACAUUGUGAGGAAAGUUCCAGAACUGGGAGAGCUGUUCACUCCCUCUGCGCGUUCCUUGCUUUCUGAGAAGAAUCAUGGAGUUCUACAUGGUGCUGUAGUCCUCAUCACAGAGCUGUGUGAACGCAAUUUAGACACCCUCGACCAGUGCCGGAAGGCUGUACCAGAACUUGUUCAGAUAAUGAAAGGCCUGGUGAUGUCCGGUUACUCACCAGAACACAACGUUGCUGGCAUUAGUGACCCUUUUCUUCAGGUGCGCAUCCUGCGUUUGUUAAGAAUUCUUGGACGCAAUAAUGACACUGCUAGUGAUGCCAUGAAUGACCUGCUGGCUCAGGUGGCUACGAACACAGACAGCAGUAAGACUGCAGGCAGUGCUGUCCUGUAUGAGACUGUGCUCACCAUCAUGGACAUCAAGUCAGAGAGUGGGCUCAGGGUUCUCGCCGUGAAUAUAUUGGGUAGAUUUCUUCUGAACAAUGACAGGAAUAUACGUUACGUGUCUAUGACGUCACUUCAGAAAAUAGUUCAGACGGACCACAAUGCUGUUCAGCGACACAGGGGGACCAUUGUGGACUGUCUGAAGGACCAAGAUGCAUCUGUUCAACGUCGGGCUCUGGAGCUGUCCUUGGCUCUGGUAUCCGCGGUGAACAUUCGCUCCCUGAUGAAGGAGCUCCUCCUCUUCCUCUCCAGCUGCCCCCUGGAACUGCGAGCGAACACUACCUCGGGCAUCUUCCUCGCUGCUGACCGGUAUGCACCCUCUCAGCGCUGGCACAUUGACACCAUCCUGCAUGUCCUCACCACGGCAGGGGGCGAUGUGAGGGAUGAAACGGUGCCCAAUCUGAUCCAGCUCAUCACCACAGCCUCUGACCUGCACAGCUACACCGUCCACAAGCUGUACAGGGCACUGGUGGCCGACAUCCAACAGCAAUCCCUGGUGCAGGUGGCCUGUUGGUGUAUUGGCGAGUAUGGGGACCUGCUGAUGAAGGGGGAAUGUGAGGAGACCGAGCCGGUGCAGGUGACAGAGGACGAUGUUCUGGAUGCCCUGGAGACGGUGCUGCAGUCUCACAUGUCGUCGCCGGCGACCAGAGCGUUUGCCCUAACAGCCACCAUGAAGCUCAGCACGCGCAUCACAAAUAAUGUGGAUCGUAUAAGGAGCAUUGUCAGUAUCUACGGUAGCUGCAUUGAUGUGGAACUCCAGCAGAGGGCGGUGGAGUACAACGCGCUGUUCAAAAAAUAUGAUCACAUGAGAGCUGCUGUGUUGGAGAGGAUGCCAGUGAUUGACAAGAACUCACCAGGUCAUAUUAAUGGAGACUUCACAGCAGGGGUCAAAGAGUCAGAGCUGGUCAAGGUCAAACAGGUAGAAGCUGACCGGCCUCAGGAGACAAACCAGGCCUGUGACCUGCUGGGUCUGCUGGGUGACUCGGACCAGCCCUGGCAGCCUAGCCCAGCCCAGCCCACCACGGCCCCCAGCUCUGCCAGCACCAACAUGGGUGGAGACCUCCUGGACCUGCUAGGGGGACUGGACCCCAUUCCAGCACCAGCUGUUACAGUCUACGAGAAAAACGGCUUGAGCAUUAAGCUACAGUGUGACAAGAAAAUGGAUACAGGAGUGACGGUUACCUUCACCGCCUCCAACUCCUCGGACAAUGACAUCAGCAGUUUUACUUUACAAGUGGCUGUACCCAAGAGUGUUCAGCUGCAGAUGAAGGCUCCGAGUGGUGAUGUCAUCCCAGCCCAGGGAGCAGGUCAUGUGAUUCAGACUGUCCUACUCAACAACCCCAACAAGGUGAACCUGAAGAUGCGUGUUCGUGUGCAAUACUCUAAACAAGGCUCUGUGUGUCAAGACAUGCUCCAGAUCGACUCCCUCCCCACUCCAGCCUUGCAGUGAGCUGCCUGCCUGUCUGCUCGAGAGGCCGGCGAACAUCGUCACUCUGUGGGCACCUUGUCCUCAGCCCAGCAAGAGGGGCUCUCUGUAGACUCUCUUUGGCAGCUGUAUGACUUACUGGAUGGUUGGUUUGUUUGGUGGUUUGACCACAUGCUCUUUUAACCUGACCUGAACGGAUCCAGUCACAGGCCUAAGUAGCCUGGCCUUCCUACACAUAGGGUGACCAGGUGUCCCACUCUGCAUUGUGCUGCACCGCAUUUUGACUCUUGUCCUGCAUCCUGCAUAAUAUCCCGCAUUUCCAUUGGUCAUUUGUUUUUUAAUUGUCAAAAAUAAGAAUAGCGCUACGUCAAAAGCAGCAAUCUGGCUCAUACAAAUGCAACAUAACCGGACUUUUACAAAAGCUUGGCUUUCAGCUAAUGGCUGAGAGAGUAGUAAGGCACAGUCAUGAAGGAGCAGUGAUGGCUGUCAAUCAAACUGUGCAGACGAGAGGCCAGUUAACUCGUACGUACCCCUACGUCACAAAAAAAAAAAACUUACACAGGUGUUUACAAGCCGAAAGGCAGAAUACAAAUGUUUCUUUUUCAGCUAGAUGGACAUUAUCAAAGUUUUAGGUUUCCACUUAGCAUUGGUAACAUAUUGCCCCACACAAACGUACUACUUGUCCUACAUUUGGUCUGUUUGCAUCUGGUCACCAAACCUAAACAUCAUAAUUCAGUGCGGUUAUUGUGGUCUGGCCAGCUUGUAUGGGGAUUGAGCGUUGUUUAUUAUCAUAAUGAGAUUCCACCAUGGAAAUUUGGAAGAGUGGUGGAGCCAAAACUGCGCUGAGGUAUUGAGUAACAAUACCAGACAGCUGAUAUGGUACUCCUCAAGAGCAAAGUGCUUCUCAUGACUGUACCUGCAGACCCACAUAGUACCCCCAUGCCUGUGUCUAGUUUUUAAGCAAAAUCAGAACUCCCUGGAGGAUUACAUCCAUUGCCACAUAGGUGAAUACUUCCAAGGCUAUGUAACACCUCCCUAUAGGCUAUAUGAAGCCAUGUCUAAAGCCAUAUUUUUGCGGAUUGCGCCUGAUUCAUGAUUGACUGUAAGGAAUGUGCUGAAGAAAAGAAUAAUACAUAUUACAUUUAGUCUUUUUAAUUACUGCUUUCAUCCAAAGCAUUUUAAAGCAAAGAUUAUAAUUCAUAAUCUUUUAUUCAAAUUACAGUGGAGCCAUACAUACUGUGAGUGCUGGUGUUUGUGUGUAACUCCUUGGUACCGCUGUCAACAUAUCCCACUGGCUUUGCUACAGCUUUAACGCCGCUAUUCAUUAUAGGUCCUAUUUCCUGGUCCAGAGAACAUUGCUGCUCUUUGGUCAGUUAGAGCCACAUGAUCACGAUCCCUGAAUGCCUUACCCACUUUUUUAUAUGCCUCUUUUCUUCAGCCCCUUUAAGGGCUACUACCUAUCUUAAGUGCUACAUGGAUUUACGUUUCCUCUAUUUUAAUGACCGCAGAAUUACUCUCCCAAUUGGUGGGAUAAUCCCACAACCAGUAUAUUUUCUGAAUGCUAAACCCAGUGCACUCUCCUCAUUGGAUCAGUUCACUUUUUAAUCAUUCACUAGGGUUACUAGGGCAACAUUUCAAGCAAAACCGAACAUGCUAUUACAGGUCCAGUUUGUGAUGUCACAUCAGUAUUUUCUAACUCAUCAUAUUGACACUGUCAAAUCCAAUGCCUUCAAAACUUAAAAUGGUCAGAAAAUAAUUUCCCUGGGUUAAAAAUUAAAAAGUGUUUUACAGUAACUCUUCAUUUCAGAUAUUUUAUGAAGCAUGUACAAUAUUAUUUGGGAAUACAGUAAAUCUCAGUGUGUUUGACAGCAGUCAGAUCCCUUUAUGGAAGUGUUUGUACAGAGGACCCUACUUUUCUUCUAUGAGUAAUAAAGCACAACCAGUCUCCUGUACAUGUACAUUCAAGAGACAGGGAUACACAUGAAUCAUUCAGGCAAGUGGUUUAUCUGGAUAGACACCAUCGGCACAACCAGGGAAGAUUGUGGAAGUGAAGAUUUCUUUGUUUGAAGUGAGUUUGGAUUUGUCCUGUGUCAUUUUUAAAUAAAGUUUAUUGUAAACCUCUGUGA